AUGAAUAAUCAUUUGAGAUUCGUCGUGUCGCAUGGGGGAAAUUUUGUUCAUGCGGAUGACGAAUGGAAGUGGAGAGGGGACAAAACUACUUCCAUUCUGGUGCCAAGAAGUAUUACCGUAGCCGAACUUAUGUUAAGGUUGAAGGAGAAACUUGGUAUUCUUGAUCCCCGUACUGAAAUUGAAUUGAAGUUCAAAGUCCCUAACUUGAAUAUACCUCCGGCUGAAAUAUGCGACAAUGAAGACUUAAAUUGGUACGUAUCCGUGCAUAAGGAAAGUGCUAUUUGCGUUACUGUUUUGGAAUCCGAUCUCCCAAGUGUUGACAUGGGAAGGGACGCAAAUUUUGAAGAUCCUUCGUUUGUCGCGGUAGAUGUUCAGCAAAAUGUGGAACAUGAUUUGGUGAAUCGAAUGCAUAGUGUCUCAAACAAUAAUGCACUUGAAAUACAUGAGUAUGAUAACGGGAGUACACCAUUAGAUGAGAACUUGGAUAACCCAUCACCUAGUUUAGAGGCUGCUAAUUCUGUUGACGUCGAGGACGAGCACUCUUUGUCACAUUCGAACGAUUCGGAUGGAUAUGAAUUUAUGAGAACUGUGACUACAUCCGAUCUUGUCGAAAAGGAAAUAUUCUUCAGCAAGAAAGAGUUGUACUCAAAAAUUCAUGCAGUUGCUUUGAAAAACAAGUUCCAAUUUCGGGUGAGCCGGUCAAGCAUGAAGAUGUUAACCGUUGUAUGCGCCGACCGCAGUUGCAAGUGGAUGUUACGUGCUUCUACUGUGAGGCAGUCUGCAAUCUUUGUGAUCCGUAAAUUCAAUAAUGUGCACACAUGUUCCAUUGAGUUUCGCAUUAAUACGCAUCGACAUGUGAUGAGUGCUGUAAUUGCUGAGCAUAUUUUCGAAAAAUUGGAUAAUCCGAACCGAUCGUAUGAUCCGAGCACUAUUGCACGUGACAUGGAACGUGAGCUCGGUGUCCAAAUAAGUUACAGCAAGGCACGUAGGGGAAAGGUGGCCGCUUUACAUAUGCUGCAUGGGACACCGGAGGUCAGUUUUCAGAAAUUAUCUUCAUACUAUCACGUACUAGGUGAGAAUAACCCGGGGACGGUAACCCACAUCGAACUUGAUUCUGGCGAUAGAUUCCAUUACUUCUUCCUAGCUUUUGGUGCAAGCAUUCGUGGUUACAUGCAGUACUUGAGGCCCGUAGUUUGCGUUGACGGUAGUCACUUGAAAGGUCUAUACAAGGGUACACUUUUACUGGCAACUGCCCAAGAUGCGAACAAACAGAUUUAUCCGUUAGCGUGGGGAAUUGUGGAUUCCAAAACGAACCGAUCUUGGAUGUGGUUUAUGUCUAACUUGAAAGAUCUUAUAGGAGACUCAGAUGUACUUGUAUUUGUUUCGGACAGGAAAAGAAGUAUCGAAAGAGCUAUUACUCACUUAUUUCCUUUGUCUCGUCAUUGUUGUUGUAUGUGGCAUGUGGAGAAAAACCUAAUUCGGCGGCACUGUAACGCAAGUUCAAUAUUCCUGUUCAAACGAGCUGCUACGACUUAUCAGGUCGAAGAGUUCGAACGACUAAUGGGACAGAUUCGUAGGGUGAGUGAAAGAUGUUACAGGUAUUUGGAGAAAGCCGGUUUUUCAUUCUGGUCACGAGCACUAUUCGUGGGAGACCGAUACAACAUUAUGACAAACAACAACGCGGAAUCAUUGAACUCGAUGCUGAGACAUGCUCGUUCUUUGCCAAUCACGUGUUUGGUCGAGCACAUUCGUAAAACAAUGCAGAGGUGGUUUUACGAACGUCGAAGCAAUGCAACCGCAUGUAGUACUAUAUUAUCGUCGAGGAUGGAGAACGAGUUACAAACAACAUUUGAAGCUGACGCGACGUAA